UCACUGGGCGGCUAUAUAAACUCAGGGCUCGACCUGACUGCGAGCAGUGAGUGUGAGUCGCUGUGUGACAGAUCUCUCUCGGCAUCUAAACCAUCUCUCUGAUUCUGCUCGCUGAUUCUCUCGGGUCAACUUCACGUGGGGAACGACUGGCCGAGAUGCAGGUGCUGCUGCUGCGUCUGGCUGCCACGCUGCUCCUGUGCAGCUGGCCGGUGCCCUGCCGCGGCACGGCGGCGCCAGGGACGGAUGCCGGGGCGGUGAUGAUACGGCUGGCCGGGAUGAAGAGGACGCACCACGAGGGGAGGGUGGAGAUCUUCUACCAGGGGGCCUGGGGCACCGUGUGUGACGACGACUUCAACAUCCACAGCGCCACCGUCAUCUGCAAGCAACUGGGCUACGAGGGCGCGUUAAACUGGGCGCACAGUGCCAAGUACGGGCAGGGGACUGGUACCAUCUGGCUGGACAACCUGAGUUGCCGAGGAGAGGAGACAUCGGUGGAGUCGUGUACCUCCAACGGUUGGGGCAUUCACGACUGCAGGCACUCUGAGGACGUUGGGGUUGUGUGCACGGAGAAGAGACGAGCCGGCUUUGAGAACAAGGAGGCCUUCCAGGAUCUCCAGCGACAGAACAAGGUGGAGGAGGUGAGGCUGCGGCCCAUGUUGGCGUCGGCACGGAAACGCAACCCGGUGACGGAGGGGGUGGUGGAGGUGAGGUACCAGGGCAAGUGGAAGCAGGUCUGUGACGCCAACUGGAACCUCAACAACAGCCGGGUGGUGUGCGGGAUGCUGGGCUUUCCUGCAGAGCUGCCCGUUAACACGAAGAUCUACAGGAAGCUGUGGGAUCAAAAGAUGAAAAAUCCCAAAGCCAGGCUAUAUUCGGCCACGAGGAAGCGGAGUUUCUGGGUGCACCAGGUCGGCUGCUCGGGUACCGAGCCUCACAUGUCAGAGUGCCGGUUGCGUGUAUCUGCCGGGAAGAAGGUCCACCCAUGUGAGAGGGGUAUGCACGCCAUCGUCAGCUGUGUGGCGGGACCCGCCUUCUCCCAGGGCACCGGCUCUCGCUUCCGGAAGGCCUACCGUGCCGAGCAACCACUGGUGAGGCUGAAGGGGGGAGCGCAGAUUGGCGAGGGAAGGGUGGAGGUGCUGAAGAACGGCAAAUGGGGCACAGUGUGUGACGACCGCUGGAACCUGCUAUCGGCCAGUGUGGUGUGCCGGGAGCUCGGCUACGGCAGUGCUAGGGAGGCUCUGGCUGGUGCACGACUCGGACAAGGCAUGGGGCCUAUCCACAUGAACAAGGUGGCGUGCGUGGGCUUCGAGCGCUCCCUCACCGACUGCAGCUUCCACGAGGCCAGAGGCAGCUGCCGGCACGAGGAGGAUGCGGCCGUCCGCUGUAACCUGCCGCGCACCGGGGUCCACAGCAAGAUCCGGCUGCGGGGAGGUCGCGUGCCGACGGAGGGCCGGGUGGAGGUCCUGGUGGAGGUGAACGGCCAGCGGCAGUGGGGCACCGUGUGCAGUGCCGGCUGGAAGCUGACCGAGGCCAUGGUGGUGUGUCGGCAACUGGGCCUGGGCUUUGCUGAGCACGCCAUGCAGGAGACGUGGUUCUGGCAGAGCAACACGACGCUGGAGGAGGUGGUCCUGAGCGGGGUGGCCUGCUCUGGGACCGAGCUCUCCGUCCUGGAAUGUUCGCACAACGUCGGCCGAGUGGAGUGUCCGAAAGGGGGGGCGAGGUUCGCCGCCGGAGUCACCUGCACCGAGUCGACCCCUGACCUGGUGUUGGAUGCCCAGCUUGCCCAGGAGUCAGCGUACCUGGAGGACCGGCCCCUACACAUGCUGUACUGUGCCCACGAGGAGGGAUGCCUGGCCAAGUCGGCGGACGCCAUGAGCUGGCCGUACGGACACCGGAGGCUCCUGCGCUUCUCCUCGCAGAUCCACAACAUCGGACGCACCGACUUCCGGCCCAGGGCGGGACGGCACGCCUGGGUCUGGCACAGCUGCCACGCUCACUACCACAGCAUGGAGGUGUUCACUCACUACGACCUCCUGACCCUCAACGGGAGCAAGGUGGCCGAGGGUCACAAAGCCAGCUUCUGCCUGGAGGACUCGGAUUGUGAGAGAGGGAUUUACAAAGAGUACGCUUGCGCCAACUUUGGAGACCAAGGCAUCAGUGUGGGUUGCUGGGACCUGUACCGGCAUGAUAUAGACUGCCAGUGGAUAGAUAUCACAGAUGUUAAACCAGGAAACUAUGUCUUCCAGGUGCAUAUUAACCCCAACAAUGAAGUGGCGGAGUCUGACUUCUCCAACAACAUGAUGAAGUGCCGGUGUAGGUACGACGGCUUCCGCAUCUGGAUGUACGGAUGUCACUUAGGGGACGCCUUCAGCACUGCUAUCGAGGACCAGUUUGAGCAUCAGGCUGCCCUGGCCGGCAACAUCUCCUAGCCGAGCGAUGGCCCUCGGUGGGGAUACCACGCACUACCUCCGACCUCCUGCCCAACCCCCGUCUCUGCCUCGUCCCACCGUGCUACACCCGCCACUCCCGUGGACAGCGAGGAGGGAGGCUGGCGGCGGCGGCUGACUGCCGCCCGUUUAUCCAUUCCAAACUCGUGGUCGCCUGGGGCGGUGGAUGGGAAUCUGGGCUGGGAUGAGGCGGGUUGGGAUGGGAUGAGAUGGGGAUGAGGUGGAAUGAGAUGGGGUGGGAAGGAAUGAGGAGGGAUGGGAUGGGAUAGGGGUGAAACUAGAACUUUGGGUUUGGAAUACAUUAAAGACGACUGUUGACAUGUUCAUCUCACCCAACGGAAUCAGAGGCUUGUAACAUCCCACAGUCAAAUUUAGCAUCACUAUACCCUUCACACAUGUUCCUGAAUCCCCAAUACCCACAAUAUCCUCACCCAGGCCCCCAGUAUCCCACAAUUCCAUACCUCUUCCUGCUACCCCAAUACCCAGUGCUCAUAAUGCCCUCG